UUUAGAGCUUGCGGUAUUGACUGCUCGAGUGUGCUCUCUACCGCUCAGUGCGCGCUGUCCAUACAUCAAAAUACACUUCUAUACAAAUCUCUCUCUCUCCUAUGCUGACUUUUUGAUUUUUACAGUGCAGGAUACGGAGUCAUUCAUUUGGAAACACGUUCAUGUGAGAGAGGAGAGAGGCGCAUUUACCGGGAGAUGGGGGAAAAGUAUCAGGCAGCGCAUAGACAACACAGAAUUUGACUAAUGUGCGUGGAGAGCAACUUUGUUUAACGACACUGUAAAGGUUAAUUGAACAAUAACUGAAUAUGCAUCUAAAGCGCAUCUUCAGUCUCCUCCACCAGUUAUGUUUUCUUGGAGCAUUUGCCAUUGCAGAUCCACACCCCUUCCAGGAAUCCGAGUCCGAAAUUAUUUUCCCGGAGGUUUUUCCAGAUACAGGUCCACCGGCUCCUGAUAAACCAAAUAGCCGAGAGACUGACGCCAGCGCCGGAGCUCCCGAUAAACCAACUAGCCGAGAGACUGACGCCAGCGCCGGGAGCAGCUCUCGGGAGGUUCGUUCCAUUUCAAACUGGGAAGAGUACGAAUCUCCAGAGCUAUACCAUUGGGAACCUCAAGGACCGCAAACGGCUGCUUCCACAGGGCUGAGACUCAGAAUUCCUGCUUUUGGCAGGGACCUGCACCUCAUCCUGAAGAGAGACACUCGAUUUCUGUCCCAGAAAUUCAUGGUGGAGAGGAGACAGAAAGCACAAAAGGCAUCUCGGAGCAGUAUGCCAGUUUCGUCCGCUGCCAACACAGAAGAGAGAGGAUGCUAUUACAGCGGAACUGUUCUUAAUUACUCAGGAUCCAUUGCCUCAUUCAGCACCUGCGCAGGACUGAUGGGCUUCAUUCAACUCAAUGGAGACUUCCUCUACAUCGAGCCUGUCAAUAAAACGCUGGCCGUCACGGGACAGGCCCACCGCGUGUACAGGAGGAAGCGCUCCACCACCGAGGAGAGACAGACAGACAAGCAGACGACAGACAAACAGACAAGCAGCAACUAUUGUGGAGUCAUUCCAGAAAGACAGAAGAGUAAGAACAGGAAGCCGUCUGAGGGAGGCAGAGGGAAACGGUACUUGUAUAAACUACUCCACGAGUAUAACGUGGAGACUGUGGUGGUGGCCGACCCAGCUAUGGUCAGCUACCACGGCUCAGAGGCAGCCAAACGAUUCAUCCUCACCAUCAUGAAUAUGGUUUUCAACUUGUUUCAGCACAAGAGCCUGGGAAUACAGAUUAAUAUCAGAUUGACUAAACUUGUGCUGCUUCACGAAACACCAUCAGACAUGUACAUUGGUCACCAUGGUGAGAAGAUGCUGGAGAGUUUCUGUCGUUGGCAGCAGGAGGAGUAUGGGAAGAAGAGCGUGAUGUCAGACUUCAGCACUCGGUGGAGGGAGGACCUACCCUCUGUGGACACGGCCAUUCUAAUCACACGGAAGGAUUUCUGCGUGCAUAAAGAUGAACCCUGUGACACUGUAGGCAUUGCCUACCUGAGCGGCAUGUGCAGUGAGAGAAGGAAAUGCAUCCUAGCUGAGGACAACGGCCUCAACCUGGCCUUUACCAUCGCUCACGAAAUGGGCCACAACAUGGGUGUGAGUCACGACAACGACCACCAGUCAUGUGCGGACGGCCUCCACAUCAUGUCGGGAGAAUGGGUCAAAGGUCAGAACCUGGGCGAUGUUUCCUGGUCUGGCUGUAGCCGCGACGACGUGGAGAAGUUCCUCCGGUCCAAGGCCAGUAGUUGUCUCCUCCAGACCGACCCGCUGAGCUUGAAUUCAGUGAUCCUGCCAUUCAAACACCCAGGGAUGACUUACACGGCAGAUGAACAGUGUCAGAUCCUCUUCGGAACCACCGCCUCCCACUGUCAGAACAUGCAGUAUGUGAUGUGUUCAGGGCUGUGGUGCCGGGUGGAUGGAGAGAAGGACUGUAAAACCAAACUGGACCCACCCAUGGAUGGCACAGAGUGUGACCCAGGAAAGUGGUGUCGUGCUGGGGAGUGUGUGAGCAGAGCGGUGCCAGUGGAGCAAGCCAUGGGAGAGUGGAGCACCUGGGGGUCCUGGGGAACCUGCAGUCCAACCUGCAGCACUGGCAUCAGUGGACGCCAGCGCAAGUGUGAGAGUCCCAGUGGGAAAAGCCGGGACUGUGUCGGCUCCAGGAUGCAGUACAGGCUGUGUGAGAACCUACCCUGCCCUGCUGGGAGCCCCAGCUUCAGAGACCAACAAUGCCAGACCUUCAAUCGCCCCUCCCUGCACUGGCACUCCGUCAUGGAUGAUGAGAGGCCCUGUACACUGUUCUGUUCCUCCACAGAGAAAGAACAACCCCGCCUCCUGGCUGAGAAGGUGCUGGAUGGAACCUCCUGCGGCUCUCAGGAGUCUGGCCUCUGUGCCAACGGGACAUGUCAGAAAGUGGGCUGUGACAGGAUCCUGAGUUCGAUGGCAAGAGAGGACCACUGUGGGGUGUGUAAUGGCAACGGCAAGUCUUGUAAGGUCAUCAAGGGGGACUUCAACCACACCAAAGGAGCAGGCUAUGUGGAAGCUGUGAUCAUCCCCAAAGGGGCCAGGAGAAUCAGAGUGAUGGAAGAAAAGCCUGCACAGAGUUAUUUGGCACUCAAAGACACAAACAAGCAUUCCAUCAACAGCGACUGGAAGAUAGACCGCCCAGGAGCCUUCAACAUGGCGGGCACCACCGUUCACUACGUCCGGAGAGGACUGUGGGAGAAAAUGUCAGCCAGAGGUCCCACUACCUCCCCGCUGCAUCUCAUGGUGCUGCUGUUCAAUGAGCAGAACCAUGGCAUCCAUUACGAGUACACCAUCCCCACAGAGGCUAGCAUGGAACCCCAGGGGGGGUUAGGACCGGGGGCCAUGCCCAGCGAACCCCUCUUCAUGUGGACCCACUCUGGCUGGGAGGACUGCCAUGCCGUGUGUGGAGGAGGAGAAAGAAAGACAAUCGUCACCUGCACUAACAUUGUCAACAAAACUACAAGCGUGGUGGAAAACCGAAGAUGUCGUCACCUGACCAAACCUGAGCCUCAAGUCCGCAAGUGCAAUGAGCAACCCUGCCAGACAAGGUGGAUGAUGACUGAGUGGACGUCUUGCUCUCGUACCUGUGGUAGAGGCUCUCAGAGCAGACAGGUAGCCUGCACCUUGCAGCUAGCCAACGGCACCCUGGUCAAAGCCAAGGACCGCGACUGUGCCGGCCCCAAGCCGGCCCCCAACCAGCGCUGCGAGGGCCAGGACUGUCUCACCGUGUGGGAGGCUGGCGUGUGGUCUGAGUGCUCGGUGAAGUGUGGGCGGGGGGCACGCCAUCGGCUGGUGAAGUGCACCAACCCACGGAAGAAGUGUGACCUGUCGACCCUGCCCCGUGAGACGGAGGACUGUGAGGACUACUCCAAGUGUUACAUCUGGAGGACAGGAGACUGGGCCAAGUGCUCGGUCACCUGUGGCAAAAGCAUGCAGUCCCGGGUUAUCCAGUGCAUGCACAAGAUCACCGGGCGCCACGGCAACGAGUGCUUCUCGUCGGAGAAGCCGGCGGCGUACCGGCCAUGUCAGCAGCAGGCGUGCAACGAGAGGAUCAACGUCAACACCAUCACCUCGCCACGCCUGGCUGCCCUGACGUUCAAGUGUUUACGGGACCAGUGGCCGGUUUACUGCAAAGUCAUCCGCGAGAAGAACCUCUGCCAAGACAUGCGCUGGUAUCAACGCUGCUGUGAAACUUGCCGGGACUUUUACGCACAGAAGAUGCAGCAGAGGAGUUGACCCUCCCCUCACCCCCUCGCCCCCUCCUUCCAGGGGCGAACUUAGGUGUCAUAUCCUAUUUAUGUAUAUCAAGUGCACUUAUUCCAACACGUGGGAUGGACAGAACACACCUGUUUCAACCUAACCAGCUGUAGAUUAUAAGCACUGUAAAUGUGUGAUUAGUUCAUUGUGUUAUUGGUAUUGAGUCCAUACCAUGUCAUGUUAUUGGUAUUGAGUCCAUACCAUGUCAUGUUAUUGGUAUUGAGUCCAUACCAUGUCAUGUUAUUGGUAUUGAGUCCAUACCAUGUCAUGUUAUUGGUAUUGAGUCCAUACCAUGUCAUGUUAUUGGUAUUGAGUCCAUACCAUGUCAUGUUAUUGGUAUUGAGUCCAUACCAUGUCAUGUUAUUGGUAUUGUGUCGAUACUAUGCUCAUGUUAUUGGUAUUGAGUCGAUACUAUGGUAAUCUUAUUGGUAUUGAGUCGAUACUAUGGUCAUCUUAUUGGUAUUGAGUCGAUACUAUGUCAUGUCAUUGGUAUUGAGUCGAUACUAUGGUCAUGUUAUUGAGGUUGAAUCGAUACUAUGUCAUGUUAUUGGUAUUGAGUGGAUAUUAUGCUCAAGUUAUUGGUAUGUAGUCGAUACUAUGUUCAUGUUACUGGUAUUGAGUCCAUGCUAUUGCCAACGUUUUGGUAUUGAGUCGAUACUAUGGUCAUGUUAUUGGUAUUGAGUCGAUACUGUGGUAAUCUUAUUGGUAUUGAUUCGAUACCAUAGUCAUGUUAUUGAGGUUGAAGCGAUACUAUGUCAUGUUAUUAGUAUUGAGUCCAUAUUAUGUCAUGUUAUUGGUAUUGAGUCGAUACUAUGGUCAUGUUAUUGAGGUUGAAUCGAUAAUAUGUCAUGUUAUUGGUUUUGAGUCGAUACUAUGGUCAUGUUAUUGGUAUUGAGUCGAUACUAUGUCAUGUUAUUGGUAUUGAGUCAAUACUAUGUAUGUCAUGUUAUUGGUAUUGAGUCGGUCUAAGCACAUCUCUUUUGAGGGUGUAAUUGUUGACCAGCCUUCACCUUGGAUCCGUUGAGCUGAUAUACUGUAGAUCUACAUAAGGAUCCAACUCUUUGGUGUUUUUGGAGAAGUUUUUGUUUUUAAUAAUGUUAAUUCAUGCUAAUAUUUUGUAAAUGUCUUACCAUUUUCCAUACUGUAUUUUUUUCUCAUUAAUAUCACAUUGAAAAUCAGGCAAAAUCCAUCAAGGUAUACCACUUGUAGUUUCCAUAAAUUUAGUUAACCCCGUAUAAUGUAACCAAUGCAAUAGUGCCAAAAGUGCAAACUACAAACUUCAUUAAGCGUACCAUUGGACCUACUGUAGGUCUACUGGUUUCCUAUCAGUUUCUUCCCCCCCAAAAAACAGAAUGUCCCGCACACUGUUUAUGCUCCCAGGUACCACUGUUUAUCGGACAACAUUUUCAUCUGUAAGGAUCUUCAUCAGGUCAAAACAACCAGACAAAACGACCUGACAAAACAACCAGACAAAACAACCAGACAAAACAACCAGUCAAAACAACCAGACAAAGAUCCUUGUGGAUGGAACCGUUGUCUGAUAAAAGGUGUUAUUGGGAGCAUAAUCCGUGUGUUGGACUUUCUGGUUUUUUUUCUUCUUCUCAAGGGUACAUCUUUAGCCCAGCACAAACAUUUCUAUCUAUUUCAGCAUUGGUGAACUUCAUGCUAUCUGCUUGGUAUAGCCACUGCUAAGACUUUGGCUUCCAGCCGUGAGUAAUUACAAUGACGUUCUUGUCUUUCGUCAAGUUUAGCAAAAAUGUGUUUAGAGACACAAAUGGUACUGUAUGUUUAAUCUAUCUCAAACAGAAUUCACAAUACUGUCCAUUUAGAAGCAAUACUGAAAGGAUUACAGCUGCAAAGACUCUUACGUUUGAUUGAUAUGAUGUUUUAGGGUUUAGGACUUUCAGCUCUUCAUUUGCUUUGUACAUGUUUGGCUUAAUGUCGAACACUGUAAGCAACAAUGUGGCUUUGGAAGGAUUUGGAUAAUUGAUGAUACUUCUAGUAACGACAGCAAAUAUAUUCGUAUUAUUAACGUGCUGUUUAUGUGGUGCUAAUUAGUGUACUUGAGUGAACUUUUGGGGAUCUAGGCUUAAACAUAAAGUGUUGCCAAAUAGCCGAGGCUUGCUUAAAGUUGGAGAAAAUACUUUAUUGUAACAUUUACUGAAUUAAUCUAUGUCUAUGCAUAUGUUAACAAUAGUGCUGGCCUUAGGAUCUGUUGGGACUGAAACAAUUGUGUGGAAAGCUUGAGGACCCAAAUCUUUUCCGUCAAAUUUAACAUUGACAUCAGGGGUGUGUUCAGUACGUCACAUAGCGGUCGGUCUUCAACGUCUCAUUCAACGGAAAUGGUACUGUACUGAACGACCAGUUGAAGAACGGUGUAUGGUGUGUGUGCUGCCUAAACCAGAUCUUUACCAUGAUAAGGCCAGGCCUUGCUCGACAUUGCGGUGUCAGGUUUGUCCUGCGUCUUGUGAGAUUGUAUGGUGUGUGUGGUGUGCUGCACGAGUUUUGCGAUUUAAAAUGGUCACACACAUAUUGAUUGGCCCACACAUAUAUUGAUCAGUUCACACCCAUAUUGAUCAGGCCACACCCAUAUUGAUCAGGCCACACCCAUAUUGAUCAGCCCACACCCAUAUUGAUCAGGCCACACCCAUAUUGAUUAGGUCACACCCAUAUUGAUCAGGCCACACCCAUAUUGAUCAGGCCACACCCACCAAACGGGAGCAAACAUACCUGAAAGGCUGUUACGGGAACGCUGUGCAUCCCUUGGGGGGAAAUGUAGUUCAGUAGCAAACGUUGAAUCGAACUGAAUGCAUCCAAGUUACGCGCACGGAUCUCUCCAAGUUAGGAUUUGGAUCUAAGUGUCUUCAGGAGGGUUUCUAAAGGGAAAUUAUCCUCCAUUUUAAAUCACAUGAUCUGUAUCGAUAUUUCAAAAUGUGUUUCAAAAUCACUAAAGGGACAUUAUUUAGUCAUAUAGUAAACUAUCAUCCAUAUUUCCGUCAAAUAGUUAGUACAGUAUGGCCGACCUUGGUUGUGUACACCAGGAUGAGCCCACGGCUGUCUUGUAUGUUAAAGUCAAUGUUAGAACGACAACAUCUGAACAGCAAGCUGCUUCACUAGAACAAUCUGCUGUACAUCCUAUUCACACAACGAUGACCGUUUCUAGUGUAUCACUCCGCGGCCCUCUACUUGAAUAGAGAUAAUGUAGAACUAGGAAACACUGUACAUGUUUCUAGUGUAUCACUCCACGGCUCUCUACUUGAAUAGAGAUAAUGUAGAACUAGGAAACACUGUACAUGUUUCUAGUGUAUCACUCCACGGCCCUCUACUUGAAUAGAGAUAAUGUAGAACUAGGAAACACUGUACAUGUUUACACUGAAGUACUGCUGCACUGGUAUAUGGGUUGGCUCCGGGGUGAAGUAUCCCCUAGGUACUGUUCCUAGGACCCUAGAUCAGCGUCUAGGGGCAACUUCACCCUACUCUGGUUCCCAUGAGCCCUCAGUCUAGGCGUCACAUGGUGCAAAAAAAUACUGCUUGGUUUACACCUUCUGUCAUUGGCUGAAAACAAGUUGAAGUUGAGUGUCGUUGAAUUGAAUUAAAAUGGACAUUUUAUAGCACUGUUAAGGCCGUGUCAUUUUUUAUUGGCUUCCUACAUACCUGUGUGUCGCGUUGUCUCGUAAUGUCUUGCGGUUGUGUAGGAGAAAAAACUGCCUGCAUAUCAUGUUCCUGAGAAAAUAAUAAAAUAGAUUCUCCAU